AUAUGACGUCAUCGCCCAGCUCGCAAAGCGAAACAAACAUGGCGCCAGCGCGGACUGCGCUGGUCUGCCUUGUAACUCUCGUAGCUGUAUACUUCUCGAGAGCUGCGGGGCUUAUGGGUGACGGACAGGUUGCACGCAUCUUUGGUAUGCGUCUGGAGGAGAGCAGCGUGCCGGUGCCGAGUAAAACGAGUGGACUGAUCGAGGUGACAGAAGGCAGCCGCAUCAAACUGCGCUUCUACGGGAUAGGACUGAGCUCGGAUUUCUCGACUCGCGUCAGAUUCACCGAGGUGUUAGGACAGGGGCAAGAGCAGGACUUCACUUCUGGGGGCAACCGCACCUGCCGGGAGUUCACCCAGGACAUCGAUGAGGUACAUUUCGUUAACCAAUCCAGCCGCGACAACUCCGGCGUGCUGAGCCUGAAACUGAAACCCCUACGCAAGAAUGAGAUCUCCAAGCUGUACGGAUUGUGUGUCCAAAGCACCGCAGAUGGUCUCUGGUACCUGCUAAGGGGCAACGACGGCAAGAUACUGGUGGUAGAAGAGAAGAAGCCCCUGCUUCCUCUCUGGCUUCAGAUCAUCUUGAUCACUUUGCUUCUGGUGCUGUCUGGCAUGUUCAGUGGGCUCAACCUGGGGCUUAUGGCUCUGGACCCCAUGGAGCUAAGGAUUGUGCAGAGCUGCGGAACGGAAAAGGAAAAGAGGUAUGCCAAAAAGAUAGAGCCCAUCCGAAGAAAGGGCAAUUACCUGUUGUGCUCCCUGCUGUUAGGCAAUGUGCUGGUCAACACAACCUUAACAAUCCUUCUGGAUGAUCUCAUCGGUUCUGGUUUGGGCGCUGUCGUUGCCUCCACCAUUGGUAUUGUAAUCUUUGGGGAGAUUGUUCCUCAAGCACUUUGCUCACGCCAUGGUUUGGCUGUAGGUGCCAACACAAUUAUGCUCACCAAGUUCUUCAUGCUCUUGACGUUGCCCCUCUCCUUCCCAAUUAGCAAGCUUCUUGACUGUAUCCUUGGGCAGGAGAUAGGCACAGUUUAUAAUCGUGAGAAGCUGGUGGAGAUGCUCAAAGUGACAGAGCCCUACAAUGAUUUAGUCAAGGAGGAGCUCAAUAUGAUUCAAGGAGCUCUGGAGCUAAGGACCAAAACUGUGGAGGAUGUCAUGACUCAGCUGAGCAACUGCUUCAUGAUCCACAGUGAUGCCAUACUGGAUUUCAACACUAUGUCUGAGAUUAUGGAGAGUGGUUACACACGCAUUCCAGUAUAUGAGAAUGAAAGAACUAACAUUGUGGACAUCCUGUAUGUGAAAGACCUGGCUUUUGUGGAUCCUGAUGAUUGCACCCCCUUAAAGACAAUCACUAAAUUCUACAAUCACCCAGUUCAUUUUGUCUUCUAUGACACAAAGUUGGACUCCAUGCUUGAGGAGUUCAAGAAAGGUAAAUCUCAUCUGGCAAUUGUGCAGAAGGUGAACAAUGAAGGAGAAGGUGACCCUUUUUAUGAGGUGCUGGGGUUGGUCACGCUGGAAGAUGUCAUUGAGGAGAUCAUAAAGUCAGAGAUCCUUGAUGAAUCUGACCUUUACAUUGACAAUCGAACGCGGAAGAAAGUGGCCCGUAAUAAGAACAAAAGGGAUUUCUCUGCAUUUAAACAUGAGAGUGAAUCUAAAGUGAAGAUCUCCCCACAGCUACUGCUGGCUGCACAUCGUUUCCUGGCAACUGAGGUAAGCUUGUUCAGCCAAACUCAGAUUUCGGAGAAGAUCCUGUUGCGACUGCUCAAACACCCAGAUGUCAUUCAGGAACUGAAGUUUAAUGAAGACAACAAGAAAAGCCAGGAACACUACUUGUAUCAGCGCAACCGGCCAGUGGACUUCUUCAUACUCAUUCUGCAGGGAAAAGUUGAGGUGGAAGCUGGGAAAGAAAACAUGAAGUUUGAGACGGGCCCCUUCUCGUACUACGGCACCAUGGCCUUGAGUUCGCCCACUGUGGUACACUCCAAGCAACCACGUCAUCUCUCACUAAAAAGAAGCUCUCUCUUCUCUCGGCUAUCGGCAGAGAUUCGCUCACCAUCCCACAUGAGUGGACUGAACCGUUCUGCCUCACUGAGCUGCACGGAGCGUUCAGAAUCCAUGUCAAUCAGUGGCAGCAAUAAUCAGCUCAACAAUGUGGUUUCCCAGCAGUACGUUCCUGACUUUUGUGUGCGGGCGUUAACAGAUCUACAAUAUGUCAAGAUAACUCGACAGCAGUACCAGAAUGGACUCAUCGCCUCUAGACUGGACAGCACACCACAGUCCCCUGAGAGCACACACACUAAACUGGAUGCUGCUGGCAUAUUGACUGACAGGCUGGAGAAUGGCCCAGAUGAGACCACCAGCCUGCUCAAUGAACAGAACUGUGUGAGCCGACGGUCAAAUCACAGUACGCACACAGAAAGUACAAUCUGAGAAUGACUUCGGCAGGGCCUCAAGCAGACCAAACCGGUGCUUCUUUUUCUCUAGCUCAUGAGUUGAAUGGAGGGUGAGCCCCAGAAGGUGCCCUAUUAGGUUAAAGGGGUUGCAGGGUUUAAUCUCUCAUGAACACUCCCAAGCGCCUGGAUGCUUUUAAAAGACUAAUGGCUUUCUGCUUCAGGCUCUGCAGACUUCUUUCACAGCAAUAAUCUCCCAUAUAACCACACUUAUUUCGAAUUUCCCUAGCGUCUAUGUGAGCGGUUAAGGAUCUACAGGAUGGAUGAGGCUCAGACACAGUCCACCCAUGUGCUGACUCGGACCAGCAUUUUAUAAUGCAGAAGCGGGACACAAAUUGCAUUUGCUCUACCUUUGCAUUUACUUUUUCUUGGGGAUUUUAUGAAAACGUCUGCAUCCAUUUCCUGAAGCUGUUGAGAUACCAUUUGCAAGUCACAGAAUCACCAGCCUAGUAUUCUGCUUCCAGGGCAGGUUUUCCAAAUACUGUGAAAUCCAAUAGGUACUUGGUGCACCAAAGAUGGGACUUGGCGUGUUGCAGGCUUGCACAUAUGUUGUCUUCCAGAAUAAUAGUAAGUUGUCCAUGUGGGUUAGCAUCUGUAAAUGCAAUAGGUAGUUUAAAGCCAAUUUAGGAAUGGAGAACAAAAAAGAAAGCCAUACUGUGGAUUCAGUGAGGUGUGGGCUUGUUUGUAUUAAGAGAUAUAGUCAUGUGGCUCUCCCCUAAUAUCUCUCUGCUAUUUUGAUGCUAACAUCUUCCUAUGCCCACCAUCUACCAUCAGUGUUCUCUCUCGUGUGUAGACAUUUUACUUCGUCACAUCUCUAUGAGACGAGAUCCUUUGGAUUGACAACACUGGUGAUGCUGCCCUCUUCAAGUACAUCAGUAGGGUUACCCCCCGACAUAUCUCCAUUUAAAAUGGUUUACCCCCCAACACUGUCUCCUCGUAAUCAGUAAGUCAACUUCGGUUUGUUUUUCUUUUUUUUUUCCUCCUGGCUUCUUGUUUAUCCUUGCACUUUUGGAUGUGAUUGCUGGAUGGAAUGGAAGAAAAGCGCUUGAGACCAAAGACUCGGGACUGACCCCGAAAUGAAUUGGUCAACGACACAUACUUUGAAAGAAGAGAUGCUCAAAAGAAUAAACCAAACCCAGCGAUUCAAGUGAUGGCAUCACCCAGUUUUCUCCCUUCACCGUAAUAUACUUGAGGGACGAAACUGUAAAAAUUCUGUUAAGUGGGUAUCCAAAUCCGUCAUAUCUAGGUGCCAGCUUUCUUCCAUCAAAGGCUCGAGCGGAGCAGGGACGCAAUCAGCCUGAGACCAUCCGAUCGACAGUGUUCCAUCUUGAAGGUGUUUGGGGGAAGAGCACUGCAGCUUGACAGUAUCUGAGCACACCUUCCAUCUUGCAACUAAAACCACCGACAUGAACUGAAGGGCAAUGCUGAAAUAUGAAAUGAGGUGGGCCGGGGAUACAUUUACCAGUGUAAUAAUAAAGGGAUGCGGGAGAAAAGCUUUAGAAUGCUUCUACAAACCUGUAGAGCUUAUGGAAUAUUUAAGCUGCUGAAGUAAAGAGGACUUUUGUUUGUGAGGUGCUGAAGUUAUCCCUUUGGCAUUUCAAAGUGCAGAUUUUAAUAGAGAAAUGAUAUUUAUUUUGCAAAAGAUUUAAUUUGUAUAUUUUUGUGAUCAUUCAUCCCAGGAACACUUUGAUAUGUGUGUGUUUGUGUGUGUGUUUUUUUUUGUCUAGUCUUUUGCUCCGUUAUAAAAUACUGUAUUAUAAUUAUUAUUCCUCUGUUAUGUUCUGGUAUCUGUAUGUGUGAACAUGGCGGGAGAUGUACUCUUUUUCUCCGAGUUAAUGAUAAUCUGGCUGCACUCUCGACUCCUCAGUGCUGCUCUAAAGCCGCAGCAGUUUCUCCAUUCUUUUAUUUUGUAGACUACAACUCUCAGCAAGUUAUUCUCCUGCGAGGAAAGUGGAAGGAAGUGAUUGAUGAUCUCAGGUACAUGCUCUUCCACCUCUUUCUUCUCAGGAUUGUUUUCCUGUUUUAUUUUAUUUUAUUGCACGUAGAACACGCACACACGUAUGCAUCACCCCUCUGUUGUGCACAAGUGUUCAGUUUGUUUGAGGGGUUCACAAAUAUGCAUAAUGGGACAACCAAACGUGGAGGCGUGCAGAAGGUAAUGAGUUUGAAGGUGGAUCUGUGGAGCCAUUUUGGAAUUUCUCUGAUUAGUUAAUGUAAUGUGCUACAAAGUUUGACAUUAAGCAUCCCAGAUAAUUAAGUGGUGACUGACUGCCUAACUACUGGUACGCUGUGCACUGUCUUUAUUGUGUUUUCCGAGUGCAAAAGUCCGAUUUGUGUGCUUCACUGAACGGUUACUUGCCGUACUCACUAAUUAUGUUACGACAGUGCAGGCUAAGAAGUUAUGCAGCCAGUACUGUCCUUUAAACAGAGACAAUGUCUGUAAAUUCUCACCUAAAUUCUAAAACAAAAGAGGUUUCCUACACAGUAGUCUCCCCAUCAGUCAGGUUUGUGACCAGUGCUGCUGAGUCGUUUGUCGGACAGAGGGGUCCGUGUCUUUUGUGUUUGUUGUUCUUCUUUUGAUGGGUGUAUUUGGAUCUCGGUGUGUAAAUACAUUUUGGUUAAGAGUGUAGCCUACUGUAAUUCAAAUAUCUUUUUGCAGGGAUUGAAGUGGAGCAGUGGUGUCCAAAUGAUUUUUUACUUUUAACUUUAAAAGGUUUAUAUAUUUAAAAAAAAAAGGGAGACAAUCAUCCAGUACCUUUCAUUGUCUAUCUGGACACAUGUUGCAGAAUAUGAAUUAUUUAUGGACUGCAACUAAAAGUUGAAAGGCGCUACAUGGCCCAGUAAUGAAAGACGGUUAUCUGGGCAGUGCACGGUGGGCACCAUUGCACCCCCUGCCCGUUAGAUACCAAGGGCAGUAACGUUCACCUGUUUGCACCUUUGCUAACUUAAAUCCAAGCAGCUUCCUUACAUAUCUUCACUCCUGCUUGCCAGUCUUAAUGGCGUUUAAAGUGAGAUUCUCCAUUUUUGUUCCCUGCUUUUAUCCCCCAUCAGUCAGUUCAGGUGGGUGUUCUGCAAAUUAGAGGAAGUUUACAAAAUUAGGGUAGGGGCUGUGGGAUUGGGGGCAGGUGACUAUUGCCUUGUGAGUGGUCGCGGAAUUUUUUUUUUUUUUGCACAGCGUCUGAGAAACCGGCUCUCCAGGGAGAGUAACUGAGGUGACCAACGGCACUUUCUCCUAGUCGGACUUUCAUUCCCCAGUCAGGCUUUGUCUUGUGCUAAAAAGUUGAAACCAUUUGUACUUACUUUUCUUUAUCCCCCCCCCACCACCAUUCUUUCCUGUUAAAAAUGUAACUGUUUAUUGUUGUUAAUUUCCACCAACGUGAAAACAAUUCGGCUUGUAUUUUUAUCUGUUAUUUUUAGGAAUAGUUGCUCCAUAUUGUUUUCUACUUCAAAAUGGAUUUGCGUGACAAUCGCAUUUUUCAGUUUUGUAUUUUUGUUUUUUUAAAUUCUAUUUGAAGUGUCAAUGUACUGGCCUAUAAUUCUGUUGCAUGCGUUAAAAUAAUGUGUACAUACUGUUUUUUAAUUUGUGUCUUAAAGAGUUUGGGAGAAACACAAGAAUAAUAAACAUGAGCUAUAUUUCUCUAAUAAUUA